CACAAUAAGUAUUUGCUGCUGCGGUCCAAAUAUAUUCAACUCCUAGUCCUAGGUAACUAAAAUAUAAUAGUAGAAAAUUCCAAACAUUAAAGCCAUCACUAUAUUUGAUAGGUACGUGGUCGAUAAAAUAGAUAACUCAGAGUACACCACCUUUGACUCAUCAGCCACCUGCCAACGAGAAACACGACUCCUAAUUCCACUUUCCUCCCUCACUCACUCUAUUAUAUAUAAACAAAUCACACUCUGACCUAAAACAAACAACUCUUUAACUAUCAUCAGAUCAAUAAAAACCAGAAGAAGUCAUGGCUCAGAACGAUACAGUGAAGCUGAUAGGUUCUUGGUCUAGCCCUUAUUCCCUUAGGGCACGUGUGGCUCUACACUUGAAAUCUGUCAAGUACGAGUACUUAGACGAACCUGAUGUUCUUAAAGAAAAGAGUGAACUCCUUCUCAAAUCUAACCCCAUCCACAAGAAAGUCCCUGUCCUCCUCCAUGGUGACCUCUCCAUCUCUGAGUCCCUCAACGUUGUUCAAUACGUCGACGAGGCUUGGCCCUCCGUUCCUUCAAUCCUUCCUUCUGAUGCCUAUGAUCGCGCAUCUGCUCGGUUUUGGGCUCAGUACAUCGAUGACAAGUGUUUUGCGGCGGUGGAUGCGGUGGUCGGAGCAAAAGACGACGAAGGGAAAAUGGCGGCGGUGGGAAAGCUGAUGGAGUGUUUGGCGAUACUUGAAGAAACGUUUCAGAAGAGCAGCAAAGGAUUAGGGUUCUUUGGAGGAGAGACCAUCGGCUACCUUGACAUUGCUUGUUCGGCUCUUUUAGGUCCGAUCUCUGUGAUCGAGGCGUUUUCCGGCGUCAAGUUUCUCCGGCAAGAGACAACACCUGGGUUGAUCAAAUGGGCCGAGAGGUUUAGGGCCCAUGAAGCUGUUAAGCCCUACAUGCCAACCGUCGAAGAGGUCGUUGCAUUCGCAAAGCAAAAGUUCAAUGUUCAGUGAUGCGUUUUUUGCUUUUAAAAGCAAAAGCAAUGUUGUUGAAUACGAAUAAAAUGAUGUUUGUUGUCUUUGAGAAACUUUAAAUUUGUCUGUGUUUUGUGCCAAAACUUCUGAUUAAUUGGUUUUUGGUCUUUGUGCGUUACUAUUAUCAAUUUUAUUCUUAUUAUUUGCCAUAGCUUAUGAUUAAAUUGAUCAUAGAAGAAACAUAGAGGCUUUAGGUUCUUGUGCUGAACCAAGUUUGGCGUAUUCAGUAUUUUACAUUCUUGUAUAAAAUUGAAUGCAUAUGUCAUAAUUCUGGUAAUA